AAAUAAAAAUAAAAAGAAAAAAAAGCGAAGAAGAAGCAGAAGAACAAGGAGAGAGAAAGAACCUGUGCUGUCAAAGCCCUUAAAACCUUAGAGGCUUCUGCAAGCGAUUCCAUUCCACACGCCAAUCUAAACCAUCGCCUCCAUUUUUCCUCGUAAGAUUCCUCAUCUUCUUUAAUGAAAAUCCGCAAGAGUUUCUCUUCAAUCUGAGCCACGAGACGAGAGGAAUGUAUAGAAGCAACAAUGUGGCUGCUAGGAUCUUCGAUCGCCAAAUCGCCACUCCUCCUCCUGGAACCAGCUUUCAUUGUGCUAGACGAUUCUAUGAGAACGUAGUUCCGAAUCAUACUGUUUACGACGUUGAGUGUCCGGACCAUUCCUUUCGCAAGUUCACCGUUGACGGCCAAUACCUAAUUACAUUCAGCAGGAAUCAUCGCGAUUUGAUUGUUUACCGCCCGAAGUGGCUUUCGUUUUCUUACAAGGGAGAUGAAAUCGAUACGUUUCAGGAACUUCCUUCUAGUGCUCAGAAGUUUGAGAGCUUCUUCAACCUGAUUUACUCCGUCUCCCUCGCCUCCUGCAAUGAGCUUAUCUGUAAGGACUUCUUUCUUUACAUGGAGAGUAACCGGUUUGGGCUUUUUGCUACCUCCACUGCUCAAAUCCAAGAUGCUCCGACCGUCGGUGGUGCUGUUCCGGGAGUUCCUUCUAUAGAGAAGAUUACGUUUCACCUCCUGAGAUUGGAGGAUGGAGAAAUCCUUGACGUGAAGGUGUUCGUCAAUGAUUUUGUGAAUUUGGCUCACAAUACGGGCGUCUUCCUCUACGAUGACCUAUUGGCGAUUGUGUCGCUACGCUACCAGAUAAUACACAUUCUUCAAAUUAGAGAUUCUGGUCACCUUGUUGAUGUACGAGCUAUAGGCGCUUUUUGUCGUGAAGAUGAUGAACUUUUUCUCAAUUCUAGCACUCAGUCCGUGGGAGUACCUGAACGAAGCAGAUUGCUUCCAAGUCCUGUUGAGAAUGGCUACCAUCAUAACCACCCCAACACUAACAAUUCUUUUCUGACUGGCCUCAAACAACGCUUGUUGUCAUUUAUAUUCCGCCGAAUAUGGAAUGAAGAAGCAGAUCAUCGCUUGAGGGUCCAGUGCUUGACGAAGAAUUUCUACUUUCAUUUUCAAGACUAUGUCGACUUGAUUAUUUGGAAGGUACAAUUCUUGGACCGCCAACACUUGCUGCUCAAGCUCGGUAGUGUAGAUGGAGGGGUUUCACGAAUGGCUGAUCAUCACCGGGCAUUUUUUGCCGUCUAUCACAUGGAGACCACUGAAAUUGUUGCUUUUUAUCAGAAUUCAGCAGACGACCUUUACGUUCUAUUCGAGCAUUUUUGUAAUCACUUCCAUGCAGCAUCAAGAAAUCCAUUGAGCAUGAAUUUCAUUUCGUCGCACUCCAACAGCAUUCAUGCUCAAGAACAACUAAAAAGCUUGAAACAUAAAGCAGCCAGCUAUUCACAGUUUGUGAAGAAGAUGUUGGUAUCUUUACCGUUCAAUUGCCAAUCACAGAGCCCAUCUCCCUACUUUGACCUUUCUCUUUUUCGGUAUGAUGAAAAGCUGAUUUCUGCAACCGAUCGGCACAGACAAUCAACGGAUCAUCCUAUAAAGUUUAUUUUAAGGCGACCACCAUAUUCUCUCAGAUUCAAAAUUAAAUCAGGUCCAGAAGGUGGAAUAACAGACGGACGAACAAAAGGAAUAUCGUCUUUCCUUUUCCAUCCAUUUUUGCCUUUGGCUCUCUCCGUCCAACAGACAACCUACUUACAUCCUUCGGUCGUCAAUAUUCACUUCCGGAGAUAAAGGACAGACCAACCUGGCCCUUCAUUUUUCCAACACCAAACUGUACAUAUACCUUAUAUUAUAACCCUUUGUUGGAGGUGGAGGGCACUUUUCGAAGUCAUUUAUCAUCACGCGGCUUUUUAAUCUUAAGUUUUGAAAAUUGAGUGUUGAUUAUAGCUUUUGUUGGGCAUGGAUCUUUGGUUCAAAUAUCCAGAUCGAGACUCUAUCAACUCUUUUCAAUAAGAUUUCAGUUUGAAGAAAAAUGGAACAGUUGAAGAUUUGAUCUGGUGUAAUUUAUAUGAAAUGUAAUUAAAAUGACAUGUAAAUUGAUAACUA